AUGCGUUUGAGUAAAGAAGAUAUUCAGAACUUAAUGAAAAAGUCUAAGGGCAAAACAAAAACACCCUGUAGUUUUAUUCUUUAUAAAAAUAAACAUAGGCUUAGUCCUAAAGAAGCUCGUAAAGCAUAUAAAAAUGAAUCUCUUAAGGUCAGAAUGGAUUAUGAGCAGUGCGCAGAAUUGAUUCGAUUAAGUACCAACAAUUUCGAGUUGGCUUCUGAGCUUUGCGAAGAGAAGUUUUUAUUUGGUUCCUUAUUUAUUAAUAAAAGUGCAGACUCAAACGGGCGAAUUUCACCAAUACACCCACCACAACUAUCUUUCAUGUCUCAAAAUAUCUUUGCAACAUGCAUAGACAAUGUCGUCAUCGACGAACAAAGGUUACUCCAUUUGAGUUCUAAUGUGGAACAGCUUCCUACGCCUGCGUUCACCAUGUAUCCUAUCGAUGUUGAAUGCAGUAAUUUAAAUGGAGAAAUAUUCAAUGAUACACCUACACGAAAAAAUUUUAAGCCAAUGCGCAUUAUAAAUUUCCCAGAGUUUGAGAGCAUACAUAUGGAUACUCAAGAAACCCAACCAUUUAUGCUGCCUUCCUUAAAAUAUGUGGCUUAA